GAAGAAAAACCAACCCACCACACACUCAAAAACUGAAAUAAAAAAAAAAGAUGCGAUUUGUUAUUUUAUUACCCCUACUAUAUCUUGUACCAACUAUAUCAAUAGGGACUGACUGGCCUAGGGUCAGUAAUCCCUUGAUGAGCGUUUGGAAAUCACUGUACCCACAACAACCCACUCAAACAACUACUACGACAAAUUCCUUGGAAUCAAAUGCUGCUAGUGGUAUUGGUGUUGGUGGUGUUGGAUGUCAGGAUUGUACUCAAAACAAGGUGGUUGUUGUCAACGAUCAAAAUCCUAUACAAACAGUAUUGAGGGUAGAAUACGUUAAGCAACAGAUCCUAAAGAAAUUGAGGCUUUCUAAGCCUCCGGAUGUGUCGAUAUCGUUGUCGACCUUGCCGAAGCCAUUGAUAAACGGCAACGUGCUCGAACUUCGACCCGGCAUGCCACUUGAACCGGAAAAAUCGGCCGAAAGUUUUUAUGGUAAAACCGAUCAAAUCGUCGUCUUUCCAAACGAAGGAAUAGCAGAUUCAAAAAAAUGCCGACAAAGUUCGAAUCACCUGACAGGUUUCAGUCCAGCUGCCUGUUUUACGUUUUACCUGUCGAACGAAAUGCAAUACGUUGAUGUAACUUCGGCAGAACUUUGGUUUUACAAAGAGUACGAUGAAAACGACGACUUAAAUCAAACUUUUGUCUUAUCGGAAUUGGAUCAUUGGGACAAAAGUGAAAGAUUCGAAAAGAACAAUAUUAUGGCUAUUUUCGACACCGAUAUUGGAGAGGGUUGGGUAAAGACGGACGUGGGUUUUACGGUGAGAAAGUGGGUGGAAAAACAUCAGUUGAACCACGCGAUGCAAAUAGCCUGCAGCACCUGUUCAAUCGAUCGUGACACUGCACCUGUAUCAAUCGAACAAACGUUAAAACCCUUUUUGGUGAUACACACGUCACCAUUGCCACAAGAAAACAGGCCCAAAAGAAAUUCUAAUUGUAUGCCAAAAAUGAAGGAAUGUUGUCGCGACGAAUUGUUCAUCGACUUUCAAGAUAUCGGUUGGGGUGAUUGGAUAUUACAUCCUAGCGGUUAUCAUGCAUAUUUUUGCAGGGGUUCAUGCACCUCGGUAGCAUCCUUGACGUUAAGUGGAUCACAUUAUAACAACGUUAUCAGGAAAUGGAAUCUGGUGCAUCGCGAAGAUGAGAUUGUACCGUGUUGUUCGCCAACUCAAUUUUCACCGAUGCAAUUACUAUACAUCGACACUAACAGCACAAUAAAACAGAAGACAUUGCCUAACAUGGUGGUAGAAGCUUGUGGUUGUAUGUGACAAUAACUUUUUUUUUGUCGUCCAAACGAAGACAACGAAAAAAUGAAAAUACAAAGAAGAAGAAGAAGAAGAAGAAGAAGAAAAAUCAAAUUGAUAUGGACACCAUUUAAAAACUUUUAAGUUUAUAUUAGUUGUGCUUUGAAAAUACGCACACACAACACACAGAUAGGCGAAUUUUGUAUACAAAGACAUUCUUCAAUUUUAUUUAUUCUUAUAUUUUAUUUUUAUGUCUUUUUUUUUUCAAACGAGAACUCUUUUUCGUACAG